AUGGCAGAUCAAGAUCUAGCGGCAGAGGAGAAAGAAUCCGCCUCCACUGUGCCUCAGAAACGUGUUCUACCUGCUCGAGAACGGCGUGAAUCCGCUGCGAAAAGACGAGCAUCAUCUCCGAUCACGGCACUGAAGUCGUCCUCCACCCCCAAAAAGCCUACACCAUCGAAGUCAACUCCCAAGACAGUGCCGACCAAGUACAAUAAGCGAAAAGUGGUAUUAGAGAUUACACCAACACGGCACACUUCAACUCCUGUUGUUGAAGAAGGCCUUCCGGCGAAGAUUACGGACAGCAGACCUUUACCGACGUCAUAUCAACCGCCACCGCUGAUGCUGUCUGCGAGGGAAUACCAAAACAUCGCCGAGUCGGCUGUUCUUGCAGCAUCUUUACAUCGCUCGCGGCUGAGAUGGCUUGCAGAAGGUAUCUUCGAGAAGUACUGGACCAAGCCUUCGAAAAAGAAGGGCACGGAGGGACUUGUGAACAAUCCAGAUCUGAAGACAAUGCAUAGGCUUGGAUCAAGCGCAAUAAUCAUUGGGCCGCAUACAUUUGAGGCGACAAUAUACACUGUUAGAGACAACCCUACCUAUCGCCAUCCAAACCAAUACCCUCAACGGCCUGUGGCUCCACAGCCCGGCUUUCAGAACUACCUUCCAGCAGGAACUCAAAACCCCAAUCUGCAGGCUCGUCCUGUAACAAACUAUGCGGGCCAGGUCCCACAGGUCGAGGUGAAGCAGGAGAAGCCGGUGGCCGGAGCGACUAUCAAACCUCCUACGCAAUCUCCAAAAGUAUCUGGAAAUGCUCGGCCCCAGGCUUCAGCUCCACCUGCUUCUCAGUCAGCGUCAGCACAAUCAGGCCCUGACCCAGUAAUCCGAAUGCUGGCUACUCGAGCUGCAACCAACCCGGAUCUCAAAGCACUUAUGAAAGUCGUUGCUUCUUCCAAGGCUACUCCUGAGCAGUUGAAACUUUUUCAGAGUCACAUUGACGAGCUGAACGUGAUGAUUCGUCAGCAGCAAGAAGUGGAGAAAUCCCCGAGAGAACCUCAAAAUAGCCACGCUGAUCAAAGCUUGCCAAAACCAACACAGCUAGAUGGUCCUGGUGAUGAUAUACCUCAAACAAGUCACCCUCCGCACGAUGGCAAGCAAAGACCUUUACCCUAUCCCACCCAUCCACAGCGUUCUGGGGCUCUUCACCAAACUCAGCAACGUCCAGCUCCAAAGAUUGGUCCACUGGGCCCUCCCCUCAACGCGCCGCCCUAUCCGCAUUAUCUUCCACCACAGCAGAAAGUGCCCGCUCCUGAACCACGCGUCAAAGCCAUUGUUCUAGAGUUUACCUCUCCCGCAUCAUCAACAGUGCCGGCAUCGCAAGACCGUUAUCUGUUUCCUGAGUAUGCGGUGUUGGAUACACCCUUAAGUGGGCAGGGCUUAGAAAUGGUCUGCAGCUUUUUCGUAGUGCGGAAAGGUUUUGACCUUCUAGCUAUGCAGUCUUCAGAAGGGACCUCCACCGGCACACCUCUGGGCGGGCUCAUAAGGUGGAAACCGAAUGAAGAGUACUUCCAACCAGUCACAAUGACAAUGAAGACAUCACAGCAUCGAAUAUUGGAGACUAUUGCCAGGGCUGCAAGACCGUUAGGCGAGGUUCAAAACAAGAUGAAGGAGAUCAUGCAUAGUAAAACCAGGGUUAAAGAUGAGUGGCUCGUGAUGAGGCUGCCGAGAGAGAAAGGAACGUCUGCGGAGGGUGCAGGUGGUCGCGACCGAGGGUUUGUGGAUAGCGCAGUAGAGAUCGAGGAAGAUGGAGCAAGCGGAGAUGAAGACGAUGAGCUAAAGGCCUUCUAUGGUAUCUGA